GCAGAAGUCUAGCUCUGACGCGCAGUCUAUCUUCAGCUCUUGCUGUCUAAAAUCGCUUCAUUGUGGAGAGGGCUUUGAAACAUAUUUGGGACACUACCACCAUGGACGCAUUUCAAGUACUAUCGUUAUAUAUGUUACUGAUCUUCAUUUGGAAUAUACCAUGUUUUCAGUCAGCUGCCAUCAUAUCUCCCUCUGUGCCAAGGAGAAACAAGGGAGCCAAGAUCCUUCAUGAUGGACAAAGGUCAACCAAAUUUCCCAAAGAGAUCUUCGCAUCUUCUCCUAUCUUAAGCCAUCACGGAGAAGACUUUAAUAAGGACGCAAUUGUGCCCCACGAUUACAUGCUCUCCAUAUACAGGACGUAUUCGACUGCAGAGAGACUCGGACUAAACGCAAGUUUUUUCCGCUCCUCAAAGUCUGCAAACACCAUAACAAGUUUUGUGGACAGAGGAACAGACGAUCUCUUGCACUCUCCUUUGCGAAGACAAAAGUAUCUGUUUGAUGUCUCAACCCUUUCAGACAAAGAGGAGUUGGUUGGAGCUGAAUUAAGGAUAUUUAGAAAAGUACCCGGGGAUUUGCAAACGUCCCCGACAGGUCUCUAUGACAUUCAAUUACUCUCCUGUCGAUCAGAACGGCUACUGGAUGCAAGAUCCCUUGAUCCUCUAGAUUCCCGAAAACCAGGAUGGGAGGUUUUGAACGUGUGGGAAAUGUUUAAAAACCGGCAUCACUCUGCCCAGGGGAGCCAGCUUUGUCUCCAGCUCAAGGGCACUCUUGGUAAAUCAGAAAUGGAAAUCGAUUUAAAACAGAUGGGAUUUGACAGAACCGGUCGAACUCAGCAAGAGAAGGCCAUCUUGGUGGUUUACACCAGGUCCAAGAAAAGGGAGAACCUGUUCAACGAAAUGAAAGAGAAGAUCAGGUCUCGUGGAUCGGGGAGCAGGUCGGAGGAGGAGAGGGGCCUGCGGUUCAAAGCCAGGCGCCGACGGAGGACUGCAUUGAACAAUCGGCAUGGGAAAAGACAUGGCAAAAAGUCCAAAUCUAGAUGCAGCAAAAAGGCUCUGCACGUUAAUUUCAAAGAGCUAGGGUGGGAUGACUGGAUCAUUGCGCCAUUGGAUUACGAGGCGUACCACUGUGAGGGCGUGUGCGACUUCCCUUUGAGAUCGCAUUUAGAGCCAACAAACCAUGCCAUCAUUCAAACUCUCAUGAAUUCAAUGGAUCCCAAUAGCACACCUCCUAGCUGUUGUGUUCCCACCAAACUCAGUCCCAUCAGCAUUCUUUACAUAGACUCGGGCAAUAACGUUGUGUACAAACAGUAUGAGGACAUGGUGGUAGAGCAGUGUGGCUGCAGGUAGCGUCCUUUUCUUCUGCGUAUUUAAACCCCGCAAAAUCAAAGAUAAGUCACUCGGUCCAGGUCAGGAUAUGAAAGCUGUGGCAUAUCUUAAGCAUAUAGACCCAUGCGUUCUUGCCAUAUCAUGGUGCGCCUAAACUUCACUCAAAAGGGAUCUGCGAGAGACAUCAUUUGUAGCGUAGUCCUAUGCAAGCAUAUUUAUUUUUGAUCAAAUUUAAUCUCCGUACAAUCUCACAUAGCCUUAGAUGUCCAAUUGUUGUGGUAAACUAAUACCUACUCCUAGCCUACAUUUGCGUCCAUCUGAUGUGUUUUUCAAGAGCAUAGUCUAUUGUUUUGCGAGGCCCGGACAUAGAUAGGCAGGUCGUCAUAAACCAUUAGUCCGCAGUAGAGGAGUGGGUAUCAACAUACUGGUGAUAUGCUAUUAUUUUACAUUUUUUCUGAGCAGACUUGGAAUUCUUGAUGUUCCAUCAGUGGAUUCUGUCCAAAAUGGGCACAGUGGAAUGCACCUGUUCAAACUAGGCCGCAGUCACGGGAUAGCCCUUGUGCAUUGUUGCAGCUCCCUGCAACGGUCUUGUAAAGAGGACUCAUUUGUAGCGGGUGUUUCCAGGCUCACUGCCAGUGUCCAGCUGAAACUAUCCAGCUCUUCUGAUGCGUUAUCAAUCGGCCCUAGCACCCCCCCCCCUCUCCAAUCUCUCUCUUUCAAAUCUAUUUCUUUCUCGCUCGCUCUCUCUCUCUCUCUCUCUCUCUCUCUCUCCCUCUCUCUCUCUAAAAGGUGAAUGUAAUCUACCAAACACACAAAGGGCGCUGAGGAAAAGAGAUAGCGCAGAUAUGCCUACAAGAGAUUUCCCUGUGCGUCCUGUUUCAUCAGAAUGGAGUGCGCGCAAGAGUCAUCACAGCCCUCGGGCAACGAAUGCAAGACUAAACAGACGAUUCUUAACAUGGACAUGGACAUAGGCAUUCGUAUUGUGCCUGCCAUUGACAGCUGACUGUAUUUCGAUGACUUGCUGAAGGCACACUGAAAGGCAGUUGGACCCGGUUGCGCACAGGAGCACGUGGGGACACCAAAGGCCACGUUAAAUAAUCAAGACAAACAUUUGCAUCUUCAACGUCUGCAUCUUUACUAAAGGCACUUCCACAACUGACUGCGCCAAUGUCAUGUAGUCAGGAAGAACACCUUUUUUCAUGAUAAUCGACUGACCAGAAAAGACUCGCAAACGAGAUAUUUAAAUGCACAUUAGCUUUGAAUGCACUGCUGUUCAUUAUUUGAGCUGUAAAUAUUUGUAUAGUUAAAACUUUACAAGUGCAACUUAUGAAGAAAUGACAAAAGGCAUUUCUUUGUAAAUGUACAUACUUUAAAUGCACUCAAAUCGUUAUAAUAUCUAUUCUAUAAUAAUUUUAUUAAUUGUGAUGUACAGAGUUUCAUGAUAAUCAUAUAUUUCUUACAUUGACGAGAGUAAUUUAAGCUGUAUAAAAAAAAUGUUGAGGGUGAAAAUACCAUUAUUGAUGUCUACCUCAUAAUUACCUAGGUUCUGAGUUCUGAGGUGCAUUCAACUGUGUUAAAUUCUUUUUAAAUGAUAUAUGAAAUUAUACAUUUAUAUAGG